CAAACACAAACAAAGGAGGAAUAAAAGAAGCAAGGGAGCCGUUUCAAAGGCAUAUCCCACCCACUACUACUACUACUAGAUUCUCGUCGAAAGAGGUCAACAAAGGCUUGAUUUGUGGUCGACUUAAAAGAGAAUCGCAAACAGAAGAAAAUUUCAUGAGAUCAUCGAUGUAAUGUAAUGGGAGUUUGAGAAGAAUUUUACUGCAUUUUUGUUAUUUACAUCAUAUUACCAAGGAUUUUUUACACUGAGGGAAAAAGAUCUGAUAUUGAAAAUAUUUGCCAAUAGAUGAUUAAGUAUAAAUGUAAGAUAUGACAGUUUGCAUUAAUGACUGAAUAUUUGAUCUGCCUCUAUGUAACAUUGUAAAUUUAAAAAUAAUAUGAAACAUUUUGGUUUUUAACUGAUACAAUUGUGUUUUAUGUCUGUGCCAGAUUGAUUCCUUUGUGGUGUCAGGAGUCCUGUUUUUCACAGGAAUAUUUGACUUGCAGUAUCAUUGAAAACACUGUAAAUGAGCUAGGAUUAUUUUGAACUUGCAAAAAACCUACCAUUCUGUGAGACAGAUUUUCUGAUUACAUGGAUGAAAAUUGUUGGCUUCAGUGCUUACUCUCAUUCCAGUAAUUUCGCUGUCUGAAGGUUUGGCAAUAGUUGGUUAAUUUUGAGAUCUUUUCUUGUAUGAAACUGAAUAUUCAUUGACAUAAAACUGACUUUGUUUCAAAGCUGUAUAUUCAACAUCCUUUGAGAUGGAAGGUGAAAAUUCAGGUUUACCUUUAAUCAAACAAGAAAGUGAAAAUUUUGAGGAUGAACAAACCAAAAUCACAGUUGAUGGAUCUUUAUUUGUAGAUUCUUUCAUAGAAGUCAAGGCGGAACCUGAAUAUAUUGAUUGUGAAGUCGAUGUAAAAUAUACAUGCCAGGAUAUAAAGAGCGAAGAAGACCAUCCAAGUUUUGACGAGGAAAUCGGAAAGAAGAUCUGUAUUGCAGAAGAAAAUAGACAUCUGGGUAGAAAAGAAGUACUAGUUUCAAAGAGAAGCAGCACAACAGGCAAGCAACUAACUUGUGCUGAAUGCCAAAGGACAUUUUCACAUAUGUGCAGUCUGAAAUACCACAUGAGAACUCAUACAGGUGAGAAACCAUAUACUUGCUCUAUAUGUCAAAGAAGUUUUUGUGAUCAAAGUCAUGUCAAAACACACAUGAGAACUCAUACAGGAGAGAAACCAUAUACUUGCUCUGUAUGUCAAAGAAGUUUUUCCCGUCAAAAUAAUCUCAAUAGACACAUUAGAACUCAUACAGGAGAAAAACCAUAUACUUGUUCAGUAUGUCAAAGAAGUUUUUCUGAUUUGAGUGUCCUCACAAAACACAUGAGAACUCAUACAGGAGAGAAACCAUAUACUUGCUCUGUAUGUCAAAGAAGUUUAUCUUCUCAACUUAGUCUCAAGAAACACAUGGGAACUCAUUCAAGAGAAUCAAAAAGGUUGCCCAACACCAUAAUGAAGUCCUGAGCCAACUAACAUCAAUAACAAAACAGGCUAAGAACUUCACAGAAGAUCUGCUAGAAGACACAGAGGGUCCAGGACAGACUUCAGCAACAACAGUAGCCAGGAAGACCAGGCAGCUAUACAGUCACAGAGAAGAGAGACUUAGAAUGGAAAGGUGGAAAGACCAUGGAAAGGCAGGAAGAUUUCAAGAAGUGGAAAAUAGUUACAUAGACAAAGAAGAGUCACUUAGAUGUAUGAGAACUGGAGAUCUAGGUUAUGAUGGAGAAAGACUGAUAAUAGGAGCACAAGGUAAAGGCUGCCUAACAAACGGCUUCAAGAAAAUGGCAGGCAUAUCAGCAAAUGAUCAGUCUAGGUUUUGUCAUGCAGCAGUUGAGUGUUAAUCAUCUGAUAGCAGCCUGCCAGACCCUUCUUGCAGAUGGUCACCACACAGCCCGCCACAACAAGAUCUGUAAAUAUAUACAAAGAAAACAGAAUUGAAAUGAAGGAAAAAGUGUGGGAGCGUGUACAAGGUCCAAUCACCUCCAAUAGGGCCAUUACUAUCUUUUAUAAGGAAAUUCCAACAGGAAGAUAUAUAUAUAUAUAUAUAUAAGACCUGAUGUGAUCUGGAACAAGGAGAAAAAACAGCAAAGAUUAUAGAUGUGAUAGUACCCAGUGACUUUGGCCUCAAUAGAGCCGAAAGGCAUAAAAUAACAAAAUACCAAGACCUAAAGAACGACCUGAAAAGCAGAUGGGAACUGAAGGAAAUCAAAAUAAUACCUGUGGUGGUAGGGAAGAAAACAGGACUUAUAAAGAAAAACUGAGAAAAUAAUCUUCAGGCAAUACCAAGUUGCCCAAGUGUAAAUGAGGUGCAAAUUGCUGCUUUCAAAGGAACCGUAAACCUCUUGAAAAGAGCCCUUGGAUAUAAGGCCAGUGGAAUAUAGGGAUGCAACCAUAGACCCAGACUAGGGCCCAUUGCACCCCUGAUAUGAAUUGGAAAUUAAGAAUAACAUGAGCCAGAGAAAAACCAUUCACUUGUUCUGUAUGGCAAAGAAGUUUUUCUCUCUCAUGUGCUCCCAAAAGACACCUUAAAACCCAUACAGCAGAGAAACCAUCCACUUGCUCAGUAUGCCAAAGAAGUUUUUCUCUCUCAUGUGCUCCCAAAAGACACCUUAAAACCCAUACAGCAGAGAAACCAUCCACUUGCUCAGUAUGCCAAAGAAGUUUUUCUGAUCUGAGUGAUCUCAAAGCACACAUGAGAACUCAUACAAGUGAGUAGUCAAGGUCAGGGCAGUUUCAAAUAACCAAGCUGUGGACAAUGAGGAACUACAAUGGAAAUGACAAAUAAUGAUGAACAAAGAUGCUGGAAAGGUACCGACCAGAAGAAAAUGGUCCCCUCAACUUGUUUCUGCGCCAGGCGGGUUGUUGAUAGUGAUGGUGCAACUUCUACCACCACAGUCCUGCUCCUGGGCCCCAGAAACACCAAGACGAGUGACCAAAAGAAACUAAAGACAAAAUGUGUCGGUGGUCUUUUGAGAAGAAAAUCCUACUUUUCUACUUCACCUACUCAGGGUAUGAGGAGUGGGGCAGAUGUAAGAGUCUAGUAUUUGAGGAAAAAAUAAAGGAAGCAGAUUUAACUGUAAACACCUAGAAAAGAGCCCUUGGAUAUAAGGCUAGUGGAAUAUUGAGAUGCAACCAUAGACCCCAGGAUUGGGUCCAUUGCACCCCUGAUAUAAAUUAAAAAUUAAGAAUAACAUAAGCCAGAGAGAUAGCAAAGAUUAUAGAUGUGACACUACCCAGUGACUUUGGCCUCGAUAGAGCUGAAAGGCAUAAAAUAACAAAAUACCAAGACCUAAAGAGCAACCUGAAAAGCACAUGGGAACUGAAGGAAAUAGAAAAAUUACCUGUGGUGGUUGGGGCAACGGGACUUAUAAAGAAAAACCUGAGAAAAUAUCUUCAGGCAAUACAAAGUUGCCCAAGUAAAAAUGAGGUGCAGAUUGCUACCCUCAAAGGAAUGGUAAACUUCUUGAAGAGUCCUUGAAUAUAAGGCUAGUGGAAUAUAGAGGUGCAACCAUAGACCCCUGGCUGUGACCCAUUGCACCCCUGAUAUAAAUUGAAAAUUAAGAAUAACAGAAGCCAAAAAGAAACCAUACACUUGCUUGGCAUGUCAGAGAAGUUUUUCUUGUCAGAGUAAUCUCAAAACACACAUGAGAUGUCCUCUAUGUAUUAUAUACGUACUUACUCUGUAUGUGAGAAAAGUUUUUCUCAUCAAAGUGCUCCUAAAAAAAACACACAUGAGAACUACUCAUGCAGGGUAUGUCAAAGAAGUUUUUUUGAAUUAAGCAAUCUCAAAACACACAUGAGAUCUCAUACAAGAUAGAUACCAUAUACUACUUUCUAUGCACAUGUAUCAAAGAAGUUUUUAACAACAUAUUCAUCUUAAAACACUUGAGAAUUCAUACAGGAUAGAAACCAUUCACUUGUUCUGUAUGCCAAGGAAGUUUUCUGGUUCUAGUCAUCUCAAAAAAAAAAAUCACAAUACUAGACAGAAACUGUACUAUACUACUUUAUCUUAUUCUGAAAUUCUCAAAGAACUCAUUUGAAAUCAUUAUAGAGAGAGGACAUUCUCCAGCCCUGAUGUAAAAAAUGUUAGCCAUUUUCAAAUACUGGAGAUUACU